AUGCAGCAAGAUUUCGAACCUUCCGAGUUGGACUCCAUUCAAAUAGGAGAUUUCAUAGAAGUCUUGGACGGUGAGCACAUGGGGAAGCGCGGAGUCGUGGACUGGCUUGCUAAGGGGGACAACAAACUAUGGUUCCGGGAUAUUUUGAGUACGGAAAGCAUCGAGUCCAGUGGUGGAUUGUCAAGUCUCUCGGAAAGGGGUUAUGACGUCAGACCUGGAGACAUCGUGACUGUCGUCCGUGGGCCCGAGUAUGAAGCGAAAGGCGUUGUGCAAAGCGUAGACUUUCCAAACGCUCACUUGUCCGUGCUGUGCGACGUUAUGAAAGUGCGCAACGCCACCUUGGACUCUUUCAAGAAGGAUAUUGGUCAAGAAGUUUUCAUCAUUGGAGGUGGCCAUAAGGGCUAUCAAGCCACACUCUAUAGUCUUGGCAUCGAGGCUUGCACUGUCGCUAUUCAUGGGCAGAAGCGUAUCACAGUCAAACUUUGCGAUGUUGUUACCAAGUAUGGAAUGCGGCUAAACGGGGCGAUGCUUGAAGGCCCGGAGUUGAUUUCGUUCUGCGUCAUGCGGAAAAAAUCGUACUUGGCACCGCCAUGUCGGAGCACCACACCACCUUACGAAAAAAUCCCCUCCAGCUCCUCGACUUCCAUCACGGAACCCAUUCCCUCGUCAUCUGAUCCUUCGUUGAGCGUUAAUCCAAACACAUCAACAUCCGACCCGUGGACUGUUGAUAAACUCGAUACUCAAGACAAUAUUGACGUCGGAGCAGAGAAACUCUCAGACAGCGGCCCGCUAGCUUGGUUGAUGACCAAGGAGUUUUUUUCGACGUUUUUCAACCAUCACGCAAUGUUAAAGGUCUCACCGAUCUUUGAUGCAUCGCUGUCCAAGCGAUUUGUAUCUACGCCUUGUCCUGACCCAUUCUGUGGCGAGAAUGGACCCGCACCGGAGGGAUGCGUUGCAGCAUACUGCACAUCCAACAAUGCGGGCGCAAAAAUGAAACACUAUCACAUUCCCGCCAUGUAUCUGAGCCCUGCCCCUCCACCUUCUGUGCUUGAAAGAGCAACAGAGUCCUGUUUCUUCGACGACCAACUCACAGCUCCGCCUGCCAUUACGAAUGCAUACCCAGUGAUGGACCUUCGAUCAUUCACGUCUGAGGCCCAAUCCGCGUCAACAUAUCCGAUGGGAGUAGCGCUGUCUUUUCCUCGAAAGACACGCAUCAGUGCUGUCCAAUGUUCUGGUGUGGGCUUUGCUGAGUGUUUGCUCAGUGCGCCCACUGAAUAUGCGAGGUCUGGAUGUGUCGCAAGCAUCGCGUACAUCAAGGCUCCAAGCGCGCUUUGGAUCCAUUGGUGUUGCUAUGGGCCUCGCAUCUUGCAUUCCGAAAUGUUCGAGGAUCGUUUCAACGUAUCACUUUUGCGAUAG